GAGAGGUUUGGAGGCAUCAGGCGGCCCUUUACCAUGUGUGAGGAAACAAAAGCCACUGUGCAGAAAUGCGUGCAGACCCCUAGGCACAGCAAGGAGACUCUGAACAGACUCAACCAGGCGAUUCAGCAGUUGAAGAUGGAGGCAGGUGGUGCUCGGAGUCAGCCAUGUGAGCUACAGAAAACCAAAGACUUGGAGGCCAUGAAGGAUGUGGCCUCAGGCAGUGCUAAGGGUAAACUGGCUUGGCUGGAGGCUGCCCUGCAGCGGGCCAGGCAGGACAUGGCCCGGCAGCUACGUGAGUACCAGGAGCUUAUGAUCGUCAAAUUGGGCCUGGACUUUGAGAUCGCCACCUACCGCAGGCUGCUGGAGGGUGAGGAGCAGAGGCUUGGUCUGAGACUUGAGGCAGGGAGCGUGGGUCCCAGCAGUGAUGUCAGUCCCGGCCUGACCUCUGUCUUAAGGGCACCCGGCGUCGGUUCCUGUGGCCUGGACAUGAGCGCCCCUGGUGGUGGCUGCUCUCUCUGCAGCUCCGCGGGCUGUGUUGGAGGCUUUGGCUGCCUUGGCUCCCGUGAAUGUUGAACCCCUCCCUCCGGAGAAGACUAGAAACUGGCGCUUCUGCCUCUUGUCUCAGAUUUCCUUGCCCACAGAGCUGGCCCUCUUCUCCCUUCCCCCUUUUGCACCUCACCUGGAACUAGACGGGACUCCGGUGUCGUCCUGUAGACAGGGCCUGUGGCUACCUGAACCUUGCAUCCUGCUCCUCUGACUGGUUCUAUUCUUGCCCCUCCCCCCCCAGGCUUGCCCUUUAAUAAAACAUUCUGUGGUGGUUAA